GUGUUCACAUUACAGUCAGUUCUGCCAGCACUAACAGCCUAUUCAUCUCUCGAGUGUGACAGCAAGUACUGGGACUCCAUACAGUGUGUGGGAAUCCCCCUGCCUGCAGAAAAGCACCAAUCCUUGCACUCAGGCUCACAUGUGUUUCAUGUUCAAUGGGGGGUGGAGGUGGGGCAGAAGGGAGCUGUGUCUGGGUGUAUUCUCCUGACCCGAAUGCUGCUGGAGAAACCUGCAGCGAUAUUUAUGUGGAUUUCUUUUUUCUUGCUUGCUUUCUUUUUCUUUUUUCUUUUUCUUUCUUUUUUUUUUUCUUUUUUCUUUUUUUUUUUUUGUCGUCUUGUUCCUCUCUCCUGAUUUACUGCAUUUGCUCACGUGGCUUUGGAAAGGGGGGUUCUGAAGGCGUUUUGCUUCCAAAAGGAAAAGGAGCUGGCAGGCAUUCAUAUUUUACUUCUCAAGUUAUGUAGGGUAAAGUCUCCCAGUGGGAAAAGGGGAGAUAUAAGAGAGCAGAGAGCUGGUGGUGAUACUUGCCAGAAGGAAAACAGCAAAGAGGAGUGUGUGUAACUCUGGAGCUACAUCCAGACCAAAGUGAGGUUUCAGAGGUGAGCGAUGUGAUAGCAAAGUGCUGACAGCACAUGAAUUUCCUACAGAACCUCCCUUUCUGCCAGAACCAACAUGCAGAGCAACUACUCCAUGGUCAUCACCACCAGGGAAACUCUCCAGAUCUUCUAUACAGCGCAGGCAAACUCAUCGGCUGCGUUGCGCUCACCGCCUCCCUGCCCACUGACCUCUUCCAAUUACCAGUUCUCAUUAAUUCCAGCAUUCUUCUCUGUGGUUUUUGCUCUGGGUUUGGUUGGCAAUAGCGUGGUGGUUGUGGUGCUCUGUCAUCGCAGUAGCCCCAAAACAGUUGCUAAUAUCUACAUUUUUAACUUGGCUAUGGCAGAUCUGCUGUGUCUCGCCACCCUUCCCUUCUGGGCUACGUAUUAUGCGCAGGGGUACAACUGGAUCUUUGGAUCUCUCAUGUGCAAAAUCUCCAGUUCUGUCCUGUGCCUGAACAUGUUUGCAAGCAUAUUUUUCAUUACAUGCAUGAGCGUGGACCGGUACCACGCAAUUGUCCAUCCUAUUCGCUCCCAAAGAAGGACUCCGCAUCAGGCGUAUUUUAUCGCAUUGGUUGUGUGGGGCCUUGCCUGUUUGUCCUCCCUCCCAACUUUUUAUUUCCGUGACACACACUACAUUAAAAGCAUGGAGGUGAAAGCAUGCAUUAUGGCAUUUCCUCAUGAGAGUUACGCAGAGUGGUCUGUGGGAACAGCCUUCCUGAAAAACGCGCUUGGCUUCUUCAUCCCCUUGACGGUGAUCACCACGUGCUACGUCUGGAUCAGGAGGCACUUGAUAAAAGCACGGGAGUUUGGCAAAAACAAGCAGAAGAGGGACAAAGUCCUGAAGCUGGUGGCUGCUGUUGUUGUGGCCUUCUUAAUUUGCUGGCUCCCAUUCCACAUUCUGACGUUUUUGGAUGCCCUGGCUCAUAUGAACGUCAUUGACAACUGUGAUGUGACAGGAAUCAUCGACACAGCGCUGCCAUUUGGCAUCUGCAUGGCUUUUGCCAACAGCUGCAUCAACCCUUUGGUGUACUGCUUUAUUGGGAACCAGUUCCAGGAGAAGCUCCAUCGCUUGUUUAAGCGACAAGUUUAUCAGUUCAACAGCCAACGAGAGAGCUCUUCUUUGAGGAAAGGGAGCUGCCUCCGAGACACUGAGAUAGCAGUGGGCAGGGAGAGGGAGCCCGAGUCCUUGCUGUAGGCAAUGACGUGGGGCUGUGUCAGUACAGCUUCUGCUGUGGGGACACUCCUCCCUCCUGUUCCUUUCAAUUUGUGAUCAUUCAGUCAUCACCUAUUUGAAAGAGAGUCUUUUUCUCAUCCAUGAGGAUCUGUUCUUCCUUCUUUUCUACAAUGAGCACUCAAGUUUUAUGCAGAGGGAAGAUUCUGGCUAGGAACUCAAUUGAUGGCAUUUUAAAUACCAGCUUAUACGUGACUGAGAUCAAGCAAGUGCUUAGUGUAACACAGAAUAAAUACCAAAGAAACCUGGCACUGUAGCUAUGACUGCAUAGGUAUUGAGUAUCACAUCCUGGCUAAACUGAUUUUCUAAAAGAGAUUCUAAGUUGAGAAUGUGUAAAUAAAGCAGUGAUGAUACUUUUGUACCUGUAUAUAGGAAAAUAUUAGACUUUUAUUAUAUACAUAUAUAUAAUUUUGAAAGUGUAUUGUUAAUGUACGUUAAACAUAUCAGAUAAGCUUCCUGCUCCUGCCCAGUAUCCUGAGAACACAUGGAGACAUGGAUCUACAAAUUGCCAGAGGCAGAGCAUUCCUAGGGGAAAGUACUACCACAUGCAUGUUUUUAUGACUUUCUCAUAGCAGGUUGCAGGUUUACAGGACAGAUGAUCCUUAGCUCUGUUCCACUGUGAUCAUUUUUGAUGGUAACAGCCUGGGAACUGAGCAUGCCAAGUCCUGGCGCUACGUGCUUAAGUCCCACACACUGCUCAGCAGAUUCAGGGAAAGGACAUUCUGAUUGGACUUUUGCAUGUCAAAUGUCAAUCACUACUGUAAUUUUUAGGUACUGUAAGCAAAAAAACUGUGACUCUAUCUUAAUACCCAUAAACAAAACCACGGUGGGACUUCUGAGUCUUACCUUCAUCUCCGUGCAAACAUUUGUAAAUAAGAGAAAGGGGAAAAAAGAAAGUAUUUGGCAAAUAGGGAUUUUAUUUUGAGGUCAUGUAAGGUUAUUUAAAAUUUGCUUUUGUGAGAUACUGAUCCUAAGCACCAAUCUAGAUCUUUUUGAAAGGAUCACGUUUGAUAGGUUCAUUAUAAAAGAGGGAUCUGAUAGCACCGUGAUCGCUUUCCAGCAGGCUGUUCCCAGACUGAAUGACCCAGAGUGACCAAAAAAUUGCUGGCUUCGGGGAAAUCUGUCCAGCAAGUUACUUUUGAAGCUUGUUUAAGCACUUCUGGGUCCAUAUGUCAGAAAUUAAAUGUGCUGGCAGGGUAACCAAGAUUCUGGCCUCUCUGAAAUCCCAAAGCUGGUUGCUGCUUGGAAGCCAUGGGAACGUGAUGCAAGAGCCAUCCAUCACUGUUAGGGUGAGGGUCAAUUUCUUCACCGGUGCCCAUGAGAAUGGGAUUUUGUGAGGAAAUCUGCCAGCCUCAAAGUGAUGUGAGAUGAGAAGGUUGUGUGGAACUGGGCAGAAUGAACAGCUCCUUCCUGGUGGUUCCUGCCCUGGUGUGGUGUUCUGGUGAUGGGGGGAUGUGGUUGGAGAGUUGCUUGUCCCGGAAAGUGGAAGAGGCGCCGCUGAGUUUCCCCUGGAAUGUUUUUGUUGAAAAUGUUCCGACGAGUUAAUAGCGUCUGGGGCGUCGGAUAUUUCUGGAAGGACAAAUUGUUAAUUGCUUAGCAGUGAGCAAAACAACCCAGUCACGUUACAGCAAAACAAAUAAUUAUAUAAAGAAAAUUAGCAGGUGUUCAAAGUGUCCGGCUCAGAGAAGUAAUAAGAGGUUAUGGAGCCUUUUUACCUUUGCUGCUUUACAGAUUAGGUCAGUAAUGAGCACAGCUGUGCCACCGAUUGCUAAUCUCUGUAGUCACAAAACAAAACUACAGGAGUUGACCCCAAUGCUACCUAUCUGCUACCACCAGGUUUAGUCUGUCAGUUUGGACCUGCUGAAAAGAACGGCUUUUAACGAGGCUCAUGCCUUCUGCUUUUGAUGCACAAACCUUCACAGGUAGGAAAAUAUGAGAGGAAUCUGAAGUCUGGCUGCGGUAGCGUUUAUGCCUGCGAGGGGCUAGGAAAGCUUUCCGGAUGAGAGAGCAGCAAAGCAGAAUCUCCCAUUGCUGCAGCCAGAGGGCAGAGAUUAGCGAGCGCUUCCUGGGGCUGAGGCUUCAUUGCUAUCUGCUCGGGUGAAGUAAUGGAAACAAGGGAAGUUAGGUGGGAGGUAAGGCUGAGAGGGGAGGAAAAAUCACUUCUUUCAAAAAAAAAAAGCCUACCCAGAAGGUCACCUUCUGCAAGAAUGACAGAGCAAGAGACCCUGCUAGCUUGGUAGUGACAUUUCUGCUUGCCAGAUAUUCCGUGUGUCUCAAAUAGGUCGUGAGUUUGAGCACCUUGGUAAAACAAACAGCCCAGAAAGUCUGUCUGCAGAGGAACCUGAGCUGGGAGCCAGGGAGGUGCUGUGUCAGAGUGCUGCUUUAUUUUUAGAGCAAACUGAAUAUGGGUGAGAUCUGUGACUUUCUUACGCUUGAGUUUCUCAUGGGAUUUUUCAGGCUUUUUUAAAUGGAAAAUGUGAUUUUCCGUAGCUUCAGUGUGUUGUGUUUCUU